CCGUGGGGUGUUAGUGAAAGUGAAACGGAACCCGAGCUUGCAUCCAUUGAUUCACGGGGUAUUGGUGGACCGCCGCGAAUACAAACUCCACUGAAAGGCCUACGGUUAACAGAAGGUACCGACGCUAUUUUGCAAUGCAGCAUAGUGGGAAAUCCAAAACCAAAAAUAACCUGGCUGAAAAAUGGAAAAAUAGUGGAUGUGCUAAACUCAAAAGGAAUCACUGUAAUAUUCAAAGGAUCUCUGGCACUUAUCAAAAUCUCAUCAGUGUUACCGGAAGACAGUGGUGAAUAUACGCUUCUUGCCGAGAACAGUUACGGACGGGUUAGUUUUUGUAACUGUAAAAUAUUCCCGAAAGUGGUGCAGAUGCCGUAA